UGAGAGAAGGAAGAGGUAGACAGAAGAGUAGAGAGAGAGGGGGGAGAGAGAGGGGGGGAGGGAGGUGGGUUGAAGGGGGGGUGGAGAAUGUCAUAUGGGCAGAAGGGGAGGCAGAGAACAUCACCUCUCUUUGAUGUUUGAAGCGGCGUCAGACCGUUGGGAGGUCGGACACUGACAGGCUGAGCUAAAGAAGAAGAAGAAGAAGAAGAAGAGGAAGAAAGAGGAGGACGAGGAGGAGGGCCUUAAACACUGAGGAGAUACAACGUGUGCGUCCUCGGGUCGGUUGACAGGCAGAAGAGUCACACUGGACGUCAUAAUACCCUUUGAUAUCAGUCCAAUCUCCGGGGGUCAGGGACGUUUUAAAUGCUGAAAAGGAUUUGGACUCACAUCCUCUAAGUCCACACAGACGGACGGACUCACUGAGCAGAGACACUAGAGACUGCACAUUCGCAACCAGGAAUCUCAGGAUGCUCUGUGAGAAAAAUCCACUUCGAAUCUGCCCGCAACAACCAGCCCGACUCCGCGCUGCACCCGCAGGCGACGUCGCAGCAGAAGUCCUGCAAUAAAAGCUGCAGUGACAUUUCGGAAAAAGGUGCCAAGAGUUCUGCAGGACGAGCUGCAGGCGCUGCACAUGAGCACCUCACUCGCACACAAACAAGAGACACAUCGACUCAGUCGCUGGGCCGCGGGCACCAACAGAGCUUCCCCAACAUGAUGGAGAAACUGAACCCCACCGGCCCACCUGUCUCACCCUGCGACCUGCCUCACCCCUCCUCCCCGUCGUGUGACUCCGUAGAGCAGCACAGUCCCCUCCACAACAAGACUUUGUCAUUUAAGGACGCCAUCAGCGGCCCACGUCCCGCAAACAAAAAGGGGCACAAGGGACACAUGGACGUCUCCUCUCCUGGCACGCUUAAGCCCGUACUCAUGGAGACAAGGGAGGACAAGGAGGAGGGGGAGGAGGGGGAGAAGCGAGCUGGAGCAAAGAGCACCACAGCCCCUGAUGCCUCUGCCAACGGGUCCCCGACUCUUUCCUCUCCGCCUCCGCUCCUCCCAGCACCAGCCAAGGCCUCCGUCGCCUCCGUCGCCUCCGUCGCCUCCUUCCCUCCGUGCUCACUAUCAUCUCCUCUUCCUCCGCACAUUCCCGUCAUCAGCCUCGGUCACAGCAAACCCCCUCUGCGCCUCCCCAAUACCCCUUUGACCGCCCUCCACCCGAUACCCAACCUCCGGCAUGGGCCCCGCGGCGACCUUCGCGGCGGUCAGCGGCCCUAUUUGCCUGUGGCCAACCUCGGAGCAUCCGGGGGCUCCUCAACUCCCUCCCCAGCACACCUUCUGCACCAGCAGUACCUGUCACCGCACCCCUUCUUCACCAGUUCUUACCUGAAUCCCUCAGGAGGAAACUAUGGCGUCAUCAGCAGCAGCCGCAUCAAGAGAAGACCCUCGUCCCACUUUGAGGUGGAUAUCACCGACUGCCCUCCCCAGAAAAUCGCUCGCCGCGUCUUCACCAACAGCCGCGAGCGCUGGCGACAGCAAAACGUGAACGGGGCUUUCUCUGAGCUGAGGAAGCUCAUUCCCACGCAUCCACCCGAGAAGAAGCUCAGCAAGAACGAGAUCCUCCGCCUGGCUGUCAAGUACAUCAACUUCCUGGUGACGCUGCUCAAUGACCAGACACAGGCCCGGAGCAGGGACCCCGAGGAGGACCAGGUCACCGCGGCUGGGUUGGACGGCAACAAACAGAACCGUGGUUUUCAGUGCAGCGCCCCUCCUCCGGCCCGCGCCGCCCCCCUGCCCUCGGCCCGUCCCUCGGCCCGUCCCUCGGCCCGUCCCUCGGCCCGUCCCUCGGCCCGUCCCGCGGCGGUGCACAGAGACAGGGACUCGACCGACUCGGUCAUUGCUCUGUCCAACUCCUCGGAGACAUCCAGUUGCUACGGCGAUACGGACAGCGAGGAGAGCUUCGUGGCUAAAACCUCCUUGGUGACGCAUGGCAUCCUGGGAAAGGUCAAGGGGCGGAUACGGAUGGUGGCAACCACAAAUGAUGAGCGGUGACACCAUCGUGAUGUCUUGUUCAAAUGUAUCUGUGCUGUGCAGCAAGUUGAGGGACACAAAGGAUCACAUUUUUAUUUCAUGUUCGAAUAAGGUCACAAUGUUCAUUCGUCGAACUUUACGAUGUGGAUGAGUAGUGAUGAAUUAUGUUAAACAGGAACAGAAGAAAUAGAGGUUCUUCGAUUUUUCUCUGUAGACCAAAGGAAAAUAUUUAUACGCACGAUUGUUAAAACCAUUUUGCCAUUAUGGUCCAAAUGCAGCCUCAUACCUGUAAAUAAUCUGCAUUGCUCCAGUACGAUUACGGGAACUACCAAGAAAUACUCAGCAAAGUUUCCCGCUUUUAACGCCGUUGUUGGAGCGGCGAGGCAGAUGGUACCACCCUCACGUUGUGACACACUUGUACCAGACAGAAAUAAAGAAGCCUUUUAGUUUGCUGUUCCUUAUUUGACAUCCGCUUAUUGCGCUGCACAGACUUCUCGUUGUCAGCAGAAUUUCUCAACAUCGUCCAAAUGUUUAGGGAACGUAUGUUUAUCAUCAAAGUGUCUAAGUCCUUUUUGUGAGAUGAUCUCUAUAACCAUCAGGCGUCAGACGUAUGAAUACAAUGCUUGUUUUACCCAACUUGUGUCACGUGUCUACAUUUGAAUAAAUUGACACAUUGUCUACAUGUCACGCACUGAA